CCAUAUUUGGGCGAGCCUCGACGUUGACCAGCGCUGGAUGAGAACUCCAGUGACACACGUCGCGGCCAGCGUCCUAUUCGUCCACGUUCUGAUGGCGUGCUAGUUCGUCAAGCACCAUUCUCGAUGGCCAAGUUGCUCGGGAUCUUUCAGACGACCACAAGCUGCCGCGGCCGAAAAUUUCGAACCUCCGCCCACGGCCGUGGAUCUCGACUCUUUAGCCACCGUCCACAACAAUUGGUUGAAGCGAUGCUGUGCAGGCGAACCGCCAAAUGGACGCUGACGACAUGCACAAGCCCAAGCCAACGGAAGACUCGAACGUGGGUUCGUCUAGCAUGGAGGCUUACGCUGGGUAGAAGCAGUCCUUCGUGGAGGACUGGCGGUUGUCCCAAAGACGAGAACGCGUGCGGUCGGCAGGGUUUGUACGUGUAUCUUGGGUGGUGGGCUGGCGCCACGUUCAGCUGAGAUUCCGCUGCCGUGACAGCUGCACUCCUCUCUCAAUUUUGAUACAAAUCAGUCUAUAAAUUGAAGGCGACUCUCUUUCGCG